AAGGUGUGGCCUUUAGAGAGUCUAUGUAGGCCUAUGUCCUUCAUCCAUCAUCAGCUCAGACUGGAAACUUGUCUAUUAUUGUGGGGGUUAAAUUUGAAACAGUAGAAUGAGCAGGCUGCGAAUGUCCUCGGCGCUGAAGGUCGCCCUGCUAUGUGUGUGGUUGCUCCCAGCCCCCCUGUGGUGCGACAACCUACGCUGCUUCUACAGCCCCCUGCAGGACCGGGAGCAGGAGGCCGAGUCCGAGCUGGUGGUCACCGCGUGCCCCCACCGCGAGUUCUGCUUCAAGGGGGUCGGUCACUACGGCAACCGCAGCGCGCUGACCAUCCGAGGCUGCAUGGAGAAUGAGAGCUGCUACCAAGUGCACGUCAUCCGCCUCAAAGGGACGGAGUACGUCCUGAGCUUCAACUGCUGCCCCUGGCCCUAUUGCAACGCCGCACCCCCGGCCGCCCCGUCCCGAUAUCUUGUGCUCAUCACGCCGGCCGCGGUGCUGCUGGGUUUGACGGUGGUGCGUUUGUGAAUAGCGUCUGUUUUUACUGAUGCGUUGCAAUGCAAUGCAUGUGUUUUUAAGAAGGGAUUUUUUUUGGAGAUGAUGGACUCGAGAGCCAAUGUCUUUCUGUGUUCGACUCAACAUUGGUUAGUGUUGACGGCCGAACUGACUCAGUGAAUGUGUCCGGUCUUACAAAACCGAGGCAGUUGUCAAUGUGUCCAGUAGAUAAAUGAUGCGUGUAUGAAGCACUGUUUUAAUAUAUACAAAUAAAUAAU